AUGUAUGCUUCUGCCACUAUCGAUUCAAUUGCGGGCUCUGCGCCAAUUAGAAAGCCACAGUACGAGCAGAGACAGCUGAACACUCCGUCCGAGGAUCUCCAACAGCUAAUCAAAAGUCUGGGCCUUCUGAAACACCAGGAAGGCGGAUAUUUCAACGAGACCGAUCGGUCCUCGCUCUUCAUGGAAAGUCCUUAUUAUCCAGGCCAUAACGACGGAUCAAAGACCAAGCCAUUGCGUCUUGGAGGAUCCGAGGAGCCAGAUCUACCAAAUCCGGAAGACAACACCAAAAAGAUUGCUCCCUUGAGAAAUACGUCUACACUUAUCCAUUAUCUGCUGACCUGCGAUGCGUUUAUGGGCAGAUUCCAUAGGAACAACUCGCGGAUCAUUCAUAUUCUGCAAAAGGGCCGCGGCCAGUACGUACUGGUGUAUCCGGACGGGACCGUGAAGUCCUUUAUUGUUGGUUUUGACGUGGCCAGGGGCGAGGUGACCCAAUGGGUGGUGCCAGGAGGUGUUUAUAAGGCAUCUUUCCUGCUACCAUUGGACGGAGAAGAGUCCGAAAAGGACCACUUGCUGAUCAGCGAGGUUGUUGUUCCUGGGUUUGAAUACGAUGACCACCGGUUUAUGGAGAGCUACGAUGAGUUGCACGCGCUCGUUGGUGACAGAGCAGACUCGUUGAAAUGGCUACUGGAAGCCAAAUAG